GUUAAUAUAGUUCAACGAAUCCAACCAUUUCCACAAACUUCAAUCAUUUGUGACUCUUGGAGCACUCUCUUCUCUCUCUGUGUGACUCACAUUCAUCCAAACUCUCCAGCUUAGGUAUGUCGACAUCUGAGGAUAAACCGGAAAUUGUCAACAGAGGUAUGUCGUCUUAUGAGGAUAAACCGGAAGUUGUCAACAGAGGUAUGACGUCUUCUGAGGAUAAGGUAGAAAUCGUCGAUAGAAGUCAGAAGGAGAAGGAGGAGGAAAAAGAAGAAGAAGGGAAAGGUGGAUUCCUCGAUAAGGUGAAAGGUUUCAUUCAUGACAUUGGUGAGAAAAUCGAAGGAACCAUUGGGUUUGGGAAGCCAACUGCUGAUGUCUCUGCGAUUCAUAUCCCUAAGAUCAACCUCGAGAGGGCAGACAUCGUUGUAGAUGUGCUCGUGAAGAACCCGAAUCCAGUUCCCAUCCCUCUGGUCGAUAUUGACUACCUGAUCGAGAGCGAAGGGAGGAAACUUGUUUCUGGAUUGAUCCCGGAUGCUGGAACUCUCAAGGCUCAUGGAGAAGAAACAGUGAAGAUACCAUUGACUUUAAUCUAUGAAGACAUCAAGAGCACUUACAACGACAUUAACCCCGGGAUGAUCAUACCUUACAGGAUCAAGGUUGAUCUGAUUGUUGACGUGCCAGUGUUGGGAAGACUGACAUUGCCGAUGGAGAAAUGUGGAGAGAUCCCAAUCCCAAAGAAACCUGAAGUCGAUAUCGAGAAGAUAAAGUUCCAGAAGUUUUCUUUGGAAGAAACUGUGGCGAUUCUACAUGUGAGGCUUGAGAACAUGAAUGACUUUGACUUGGGGCUCAAUGACUUGGACUGUGAAGUUUGGUUGUGUGAUGUAAGCAUUGGGAAAGCAGAGAUCUCUGACUCGAUCAAGCUUGACAAAAACGGAAGUGGGUUGGUUAAUGUGCCAAUGACAUUCCGACCAAAGGACUUUGGUUCUGCGGUUUGGGAUAUGAUCCGUGGUAAAGGAACUGGGUACACUAUCAAAGGUAAUAUCGAUGUUGAUACACCAUUUGGAGCUAUGAAGCUUCCCAUUAUCAAGGAAGGUGGGGAGACCCGUCUGAAGAAGGAAGAUGAUGAUGAUGAUGACGAUGAAUGAGGGAUAAGGAAAAGAGCUCAAGAGGUUAUGUAUUGAAUCUUCGAUCUUUAAAAAUAUUUAUAAGAUAAAUGAAAGACUUAUCUGGUUUGUGCUUUUGACCACCAAUGGAUCAGACAUUUGAAUAAUGCUGUCUUUUUUUGGACAUCAUUUAUCAUUGUGAUCCGGUUCGCUUGAUUAUGUUUUGUUUGAACCGGGUUUGGAAUCGAUCCUUACGGGAUUAGACAUAUCUGGCUAUUACGUAAUUCUCAUUGUGAUUGUUGAUUACA